UGGAGAGAUGGGCCAAUGUACGAGAAACCAACGCGCAUUGAUGGCAAAGUGGUCUUGAUAACUGGCUGUAACACCGGCAUUGGCAAAGAAACUGCCUUAGAAUUGGCCAAACGGGGUGGACAUAUUUAUAUGGCUUGUCGAAACUAUCAGAAAUGUGAAGAAGCCCGCCUGGAAAUCAUUGAACAGAGUGGUAAUAGCAAUGUCUUUAACCGCACCCUUGAUUUGUCAUCUCUGCAAUCGGUGCGAGAUUUUGUGGAGAAAUUUAACGAAGAAGUUCAACGUUUAGAUAUUUUAAUAAAUAAUGCCGGUAUUAUGUCAACACCUCUGGGUUAUACCAUCGAUGGUUAUGAACAACAAUUGGCCGUCAAUCAUUUGGCACCAUUUCUGCUAACCAAUCUUUUGUUAGACAAAUUGAAAGCCUCAGCACCAAGUCGGAUUGUGGUUGUGGCAUCUGUGGCCCAUCGUAUGGGGAAGAUUAAGCGGAAGGAUUUAAACAGUAAGAAAAGUUAUGAUAAAUUUGAUGCUUAUUCGCAAAGUAAAUUGGCAAAUGUACUGUUUACACGACACAUGGCGAAGCGAUUGCAUGGAACCGGGGUCACAAUAAAUUGUCUACAUCCUGGAUCGAUACAGACCGAUAUUGCACGUCAUGAUCCGGUUGUAAAAGGUGCAUUUUCGAUGUUUGGAAAUGUUAUAUUACGUACACCGAAGGGUGGCGCCCAAACAACGAUUUUUGCAGCCAUUGAUCCGGACAUAGAAGGUGAAAGUGGACAAUAUUAUCAUAAUAUGAAGCCUGGUAAAUUAUCAAAGAAAGCUUUGGACGAUGAAAUGGCCGAAUGGCUGUGAAAUG